AUGGAGAAGGUGUUAGCGCGCUGCGAAGUCACUCACCGUUUGUCCACUGCUUACCACCCACAAACAAGCGGUCAAGUAGAGAAUGCAAAUCGAGGAGUGAAAAGUAUUCUUGAUAAAACCGUGAGGAAGAAUCGGAAGGAUUGGUGCGAGAAGUUGGAUGAUGCGUUGUGGGCGUUUCGAACUGUAUAUAAAACACCCUUAGGAACCACACCGUUCAUGAUUGUUUACGUUAAAGCGUGUCACCUCCCCGUCGAGUUGGAAUCUAGAGCUCUUUGGGCUCUUAAAACAGUCAACCUUGACCUUAUCGAAGCAACAAAGAGACGUUACUUUCAAAUUCAUGAGUUGGAGGAGCUUCGGGAUGCGGCGUAUGCACGGUCUUGGAGUAUUAAGGAGAAGACAAAAGCAUUGCAUGAUAGGAGGUUGAAAGGGUUGGAGGAGUUUAAGAAGGGGGAUAAGGUGUUAUUGUAG